CAUUCCUCUGUGUGGGGGGUGCAGCUGCAGGUAUUUGUGUGGGUCCCGCAUUCCUCUGUGUGGGGGUGCAGCUGCAGGUAUUUGUGCAGGUCCCACAUUCCUCUGUGUGGGGGGUGCAGCUGCAGGUAUUUGUGUGGGUCCCACAUUUUUCUGUGUGGGGGGUGCAGCUGCACGUAUUUGUGCAGGUCCCACAUUCCUCUGUGUGGGGGGUGCAGCUGCAGGUAUUUGUACGGGUCCCACAUUUUUCUGUGUGGGGGGUGCAGCUGCAGGUAUUUGUGUGGGUCCCGCAUUCCUAUGUGUGGGGGGUGCAGCUGCAGGUAUUUGUGUGGGUCCCGCAUUCCUCUGUGUGGGGGGUGCAGCUGCAGGUAUUUGUGCAGGUCCCACAUUCCUCUGUGUGGGGGGUGCAGCUGCAGGUAUUUUUGCGGGUCCCACAUUCCUCUGUGUGGGGGGUGCAGCUGCAGGUAUUUGUGCGGGUCCCAC